AACCUCCAGCACCCAGAGCAUGCCCUUUUCUCAAUGUUACCCUCAGCGCUAUACCGAUGUCUGGAAAACUUUCCUAAGGUGUCAGCCAAAGAUCGCAUUAAGUUAAGGGAGCUCGGAGAUUUACUCAUGGAGAUUCAAGGCGGCAGAGAAGAUGGCUACUCAACUGGUCUAGUAUUCCUAGAUACUCCAUCCGGGAUUAGACAAAUCGUGGACAAACUUCCAUUUGGGCUGCAGGACAGAGAGUGUACGAUCGCCGUGAAGUGUCUGGAAUGUGAUAGCACUAAUCAUAAUGGGGCCAUGCAUCCCGGCCCGUUACUGCAAACCGACAACGCUCCUUCACCCCCACAACAGGACAGCGGGGAGGGAGAGGCUCUCUCCAGGACAACUGUUGUCAGCUCGAGCUGUACAGAAGUUUGCGGUCAAGCUCAGUCAAACCGUUCUUGUUCAAAGAUCUGCCUCACUAAGGUGUACCCUAAAGGAGCCAAAGACAAGGCCAUCAAAGCCUAUGUAAUUCUGGAUGAUCAGAGCAGUCGCUCACUAGUCAGUCCAGAGUUCCUUAAAUUGUUCAACAUUAAGAGUGAGCAGUUCCCAUACUACCUUAGAACUUGCUCAGGCAACGCGGAAACUCAUGGAAGGAAGGCAGAAGGCUUCCAGCUCGAGUCCCUGGAUGGUAAAGUCGUCAUCUGUCUCCCUCCACUCUUAGAGUGCAAUGAAAUUUUGAAUAACCGCACUGAGAUCCUGACGCCAAGCGCGGUGCUACACCAGUCACAUCUCUGCCACAUCGCCAGACACAUCCCAGAACUGGAUCCAACAGCAGAAAUACUCCUGCUAUUAGGAAGAGAUGUUCUCCGGGUGCACAAGGUUAGGCAGCAGGUCAAUGGACCACAUGACGCCCCCUUUGCGCAACGCCUGGAUCUAGGUUGGGUGGUGAUAGAAGAGGUGUGCCUUGGCAAGGUACACAAACCAACGGUUAGCACACUCAAGACCAAUGUGCUAGAGAGUGGCCGCCAUUCAAUUUUUCAACCCCGCACAAGUGUCACGUGUAUUAAGGAAGCACGACAAAGCUUUAACAAACGUAAAGUAACUGACGAGACGCUGGGUCAGUCAGUCUUCGUUCAAACUGAGCAUGAUAAUAAACUUGCUCAAUCGGCUCAAGAUGCCAUUUUCUUAAAAACAAAGGACACCAAGGUCUUCAGAGAUGAAGCAAAUAAUGGGGUCGCCCCACUGCCUUUCAGAGAACCACACCAGUGCUUGCCAAACAACAAAGGGCAGGCAGUCAAGCGGUUCACGCUCUUGCAAAAAACCCUGAAAGCGAAACCUGAGAUGCAGCAACGCACCCGAUUGACCCACGAGGUACUGUGCGCGCUAAUGGCAGAGGUCACAGCCAUUAUAAAUGCACAACCACUCCUACCCGUGUCUUCUGACCUGGAAAACCCCUUCAUACUCUCGCCAUCAAUGCUCCUUACGCAGAAGGCAGGAGCUCCCCCUCCACCAGGAGACUUCUCAGACAAGGAUUUGUACACAAAGCAAUGGAGACAGGUCCAGGCUCUGGCAAAUCGGUUCUGGUCUCACUACAUUCCCUAGCAGGGACGGACAUGUCAGGAAGGUUGAGUUGAAAACUACUGACCAAGGCAAUGUGAAAAUUUACCAAAGGCCUGUUACAGAAGUCAUUCUACUUGUACCUAAGGACUGAUUUAGAGACUAAGUUUUGUAUUCUAUUCAUUGUGACCUUACGAAGGUCAAGCGGGGAGUGUGUUGCCUUUAUGGCAGUUAUUUAGUUUAUAAUAUUUUCGCUUAGUAAUUUGUUUGUUAGUGUUCUAGUUAAAGUUAGGAUUGUUUAAAGUUGUCUGUGAGAUAUUGCGGCAUGCGAUUACAUCACAUCCGGUUUCACCGCGUCCUGUGGGAAAAUACCGGUUUGGAGAAACGGGAAGGUGGGGGUCGAGACAUGUGCGAGCGCAAGCAGCAGCAACGUUUUCUCUCUACGCACCAGAAACAUUGUGAAAGCAAUGCUGUGAGUUAUGAGAUAAUCGAUAUGUUGAAUUAAAAUGUUAACGCCGAUCCUGUUAAAAGUAACGAUGGUCGAUAAUGUUUAUGUUUUCGUUAGUUAAAGAGUUGCGGAUAGUUUGCGUUGAAGUGUAUUUAAAGCAGUCAAUGGCGUAGGUAGAUUCUGACUGUAUGCUGCACUUUAAUGUAACGUAGUUGUUGUCGUUUUACUUUUGCAAGUACUUAUGAUGUAAAUGUAAUAUUAAGAAGGAAACAACUGCUGUACAAAUCUUGUAUUGUUUUCAACAGUUUUCACCAUACGUUAAUGUGGAAGAGUGAACAGUAAAUGGUUAAUCUUACUGGGAUCCUGUUGUCAUUGACAAAGGUUUAACUCGGUGUUUAGCUCAGCGUUAUCUUACAUGCCGAGCGAGAACACUACAGGGAUCAAAACCCAAACCAUGUUUUCUUCAUGUA